CCAUCUUACUUUGCCUGGCACUUGCGUGCAUUGUUUACCUGGUAGGAUCCCGAGCUAAAAUCGCAUCUGAUCAAGACCUGGUUGUCGAACAAUGUUCCUUUGGAACCAAGAGGGCUACCAUAGCAAUCACUUCAGAGACUACUUCAACAGAAACGAUCACUACAUCAAUGGAAAUGACGUCUUCUUCAACAAACAAGACAUCUUCAACAGCAGAGACCACUUCACCAGAAACGAUCACUACAUCACUGGAAAUGACGUCUUCUUCAAUAGAAACGACAUCUCCAACAGCAGGAUGCUGUACCAUCGGUACCAUGCACCUUAAUUUAUCAACAAGCACGAACUCUGCACUUAUUCCUGGAAUAAUGAUCGAGACCGAAUCCACCGGAACGUCUAGUAACUGUGAUGUACCUGUUGUCGUCCGUGCUACCUUUGAGAGGAUCGGAGGACAAGGAGGCUGCCGCACCUGUUCACUAUGCAAGAGAACGAUGCUACAGGUGGACCUUUACCUGUCCGACUCUAGAGGCGGUUUUCUGUUCAAUGUAGGCGAUAGUAUCACGAACAACGGAUAUGGUGGUGAUGGCGGAACUCAGACCAACGACGCAGAAGUCCAGGGUACCGGUCAAGGGCCUAGUGUAAAGUGGUAUGGUAACGACUAUUGUCAACCAACGGGAGUAUCGGGCAGUCUUGCCAUGUCCACAAAAAAUCGUCUCCGUCUUCUUAUCGGUAACCAGUUCGUCCGCGUUAUCACUGACGGUAUGACAGUCAACGAGGCCUGUGAUAGAUGCUUGUUUGCACUGAACGGACAGGCAGAGGUUGAAGGAGCGGUGAAUGAAGACGUGUACGUGGCCUUUAACAAGGUUGUCCAGAAGUAUUCUGGUAGGACAGGCUACGGUGUGUGCGGAGCGGAUCUCAGCUGGGUUUGCGGUUGUCUUCCCUAGAUUUAUAGACAUGCGCUAAAAUUUAAACUCAACGACACACAAUGUUGUCCUCACUAGACUUUCAGACAUUUGCUUCAAUCUUUGUGAAUCAAAGACACCAAAGGUUGUUUUCUCUAGACUUGUAAUAAUGUACUUAAGUGUGUGUUAAUCAAAGACACCCAACGUUGUCUACCCUAGACUGUUAGACAUGCGCUUAAAGUGUGUUAAUCAGAGGCACCCAUGGUUGUCUUCUCUAGACUGUUAGACAUGCGCUUCAAUGUGUGUUAAUCAAAGGCACCCAACGUUGUCUACCCUAGACUGUUAGACAUGUGCUUAAUUGUGAGUAAUCAAAGACACCCAACGUUGUCUUUCCUAGACUGAUAGACAUGCGCUUAAAUGUGUUAAUCAAAGACACCCAACGUUGUCUACCCUAGACUUUUAGAUAUGUGCUUAAAUGUGUGUUUAUCAAAGGCACCCAUGGUUGUCUUCUCUAGACUGUUAGACAUGCUCUUAAAUGUUUGUUAAUCAAAGACAUCCAACGUUGUUUACCCUAGACUUUUAGACAUGUGCUUAAAUGUAUGUUAAUCAAAGGCCCCCAUGGUUGUCUUCUCUAGCCUGUUAGAUAUGCGCUUAAAAGUGUGUUAAUCAAAGACAUCCAUGGUUGUCUUCUCUAGAUUGUUAGACAUGCGCUUAAAUGUGUGUUAAUCAAAGACAUUCAUCGUUGUCUUCUCUAGACUGUAAGACAUGUGCUUAAAUGUGUGUUAAUCAAAGACACCCAACGUUGUCUACCCUAGACUGUUAGACAUGCGCUUAAAUGUUUGUUUAUUAUAGACAUUCAAGAUCGCUUUCUCUAGACUUAAAGACAUGUGCCCCAAUAAAUGUGUGUUAAUCAAAGGCACCCCAUUUUAACUAAGCUGAAUUGAUAGUUAUCAUUAAAAGAUUUAAUUGAACACUUAAACAGCAAUUACGGCAUCCAAGAAAAAGUAUUUUAUAUUUUCUAUAAAUCUGUUACACUAACAGAAAUAGAAAAUAUAUAGAGGUUACGCAAC